AAACCUACACGUGAAAACUUUUUUAUGAAUAUUCAUAAGAUCAUUUGUGUUAAAAAAGAAUAGUUGUUAUGGAUCUUAACAAUUUAAAUCUUAAUUAAUAGUCAUUUAAGAAGAACAAUCUCUUCUGAGCCCAUGACAGAUUUUAUCGAGACAAAAAUCCGUGACGCACCUUGCUAUUGAAAUUGAAAAUCAACGGUUAAAUGAUUAUCAAUAUUCAAACGGUAUUCGAUUUCAGUACUGUAAUUUAUAGGAGUCAGUGUUAAUUUUUAUGUAUUUUUUCCACAUGUACUGUAAUUAGUAACCUAAUUUGUGUCCUACUUGUUCUUUUGUUUACAAGACAACAAUGGAUGCCAUGUGAUAGUGUUAUUUUAGGAUUUAUUUAGUGAUAAUCGAACAAUAUCGAGAACGGUGCUAUUUCAUAUUUAGAAAAGUUUUGCCAUGAAUUUGAAUAUAUUUGCGAUCAAAUUAUUCAUUUCCAUAAUUUUGAAGAUUGACUACAUAGAAUGUGCAUGCACACUGCCAACGGUAUUGGAUGGAAAUAUAUGGGACAGUAGACGAGGCACUAUUGUAGUUUCAAAUAGUAAUUCACAAUUUUCAUCUGGAUGGGAUGUUUCAGUACUUGCCAAAAGUUGGACUAUAUUCAAUUGCAUUGAAAGUGACAGCACUCAUUGGUUAUUUCAGAGUACCAACAGUGAAGAAAUUUAUGGACCUAAAUAUUACGGAUUUUAUUGUGUGAGAUAUACUAAAAUAACAGACUACAGUUAUUAUUAUUAUCUUGAUUCUAAUACGGAAGAAAACGCAGCCGAUACGCGGAUAUCAUUCAUUGAAGAAUCUGUUGCAAAUGCUGGAGUAACAAUAAGCUCAGUAUGUAAUCCAACCUCCGGACCAAGUGCUGAGGAAUUCCAUGUUUUAGUGAAAGAGAAUCAUCAGGCAGACGUUAAGCAAUGGUUCCCUGAUGCGCUGCUGGGAGUUUACGCUUACACAGUGACAGAUGCCUCAUCCUCCGUCUUUUGUGGUUCUGGUUCUGUAUGGGAUGCUUGUACAAAUAGAACAACGAUUUCAUUUAACUAUACUCAAUGUAGUACACAAAUGUUUGGUUCUACCGGUGGUGAGUUUUACGCCACAAAAUACGUUACUUCUGGAUCUACUAGUUAUGUUAUCAUUAUCAAUGCAGAUUCGUCUACGAGUAAAAGAUUCACCUGUUUGGCUGUAUCAGGUUCUUCAGUCAGCUCCAAUACAGGAAGCUGUGUAAAGGGACAGUCCGCCACUACCAAUACAUCAGAUUCAUCAAGUGUUGUAAUAUCGCUAUCAGCUUACGAAACCUGUCCAUUUACGACAGCAUCGGCCGCGUCCUCCUCAUCUAAUGUAGGAAUUAUAGCUGGCGUAGUUGUUGUACUAAUCCUUUUAAUAGCGGGAGCUAUUGGUGGAUUUAUAUUUUACCAUAAAUAUAAGAAAAAACCGUUCCCGUGGCAAAAAUCAAAAGUACAGAAUGGAUCAGAGGAAAAUGCCGAAAAACCAGAUGGAUCGUCCACUGAAAGAAAUAACAGACGUAGUAUUAUAUUUGAAUCUACCAUAGCGAUCGAUCCAUCAUCUCCAAAGGUCGUAGUUGAUAUACAGACGCCAAAAGAAAAGAAUAACUCGCUUCCACCUCUGGAUGAAAAUAAAAAUCAACCACUACCAUCAAUUACAAGAACAUAA